CCUCAAGACGUUGCGCAUGCGCAGUAGGAAACGCUAGCUUGCACACACGUGUAUCAUCGUCUGCUGCAAAAAUGGCAAAGGGUACAACAACUAAAAAGACACCAAGUAAAGUUCUGAAGAAUGACGUAGAUGUCACCGCUAUCACAAGUGAAAAAACAGAAACGCAAAGCGGAAUCUACUGGUGAAACGUCACCGCCCAAGAAAACUAAAGUCAUCAAUGAUGGUUAUUGCGUUUUUGUUGGAAACUUAAACACCUCCAAAACUUUUGAAGAAGUAACUGCCUCGUUGGAAAAGUUCUUUAUGACACAAAGUCUCAUAGUACAAGACAUCAGAUUAGCUAAAUCCAGAAAACAUGCAUUUAUGGAUUUGGCCUCAAAUAUGGAUGUGACUAAAGCCUUGUCACUGGAUGGGGAAGUAAUUCUUGGUCAGCCACUGACUAUUGAUAAAGCAAAGGUCAAAACAGUGGAGUCUGCGAAAAAGAAGGCGAAGGCUCCUAAACUGGACCAGAAAGCUAAAGAUUCUAGAUGUUUGUUUUUGAAGAAUGUCCCAUAUAACGCAACAAAGAAAGAUAUCAAGGAGGUUUUCCCGAAAGCAAUUGACAUCAGGUUCCCUGAUCAGGCUGACAGCCCAGACAAAGGUAUCGCCUUUUUGGAGUUUAAAAAUGAAGCUAUUGCUAGUAAAAUAAGGACGAGGAAAAAAGGAGCCAUGAUCCAAGAACGGGUUCUCAUCAUUGACCCUGUCGGAGUUGUCAGCAGCAAUAAAAAGAAAAAUGCCAACCCCAAAUCAUCCCAUGAAGUUGAAAUUUCUCCAAGCACCAAACUUUUUGUGAGCAACCUGCCUUUCAACGUGACAGAAAAGAACCUUAAACAUGUCUUUAAGAAAGCUCUCACCAUUACUAUGCCAAAGAAUGGUGAUAAAGCAAAUGGAUAUGCCUUUGUGGAGUUUGCCACAGUGGCAGAUGCUGAAAAAGCCAUGAAUGCCACCAAAAAGGUGAAAAUCCUAAAAAGGCUGAUCAAAGUCCAAUUCUAUGAAAAGAGAGAAAAGCCAGAGAUUGGAGAAGUGGAGUCAAAAAAACUAUUCGUAUCGAAACUUAGCGACAAGACAACCACAGAGAUUCUUCAAGAAGCUUUCCAGGGAUGUCUCAAUGCAAAAGUUGCCACAGAUAGAGUGACAGGAAAGUCAAAAAGGUUUGGCUUUGUGGAGUAUGAAAAUGAAGAAAUGUGUGCAGCUGCCAAACAGGCCAUGGAGGACAGUGAGAUCAAUGGGACCAAAGUCAGCGUGUGUUAUGCAAGAUCCAAAUCUAAUAAGGUGGGCGGGGCACCAGCGUUUUUCAGGGAAGUUUAUGCAUAUGUUGUUUCUCUUGUCACUGAUGAAAUUUUGAAACUGGUUUGUAAAUUUUAGUUGAAAUUUUCUGUCAGGACAAGAAUUUGGAGCUGCCAGGAUGCUAUGUGAUGUUAAAGGCGUGAAAUUUGAAUCUCUACAUAUCAUAAUACAAUAGUUUUUGUGUCUACUGUUUUUAUUUGGAUUGUAUUCCAGGCUAAAUUAUCUUGCAACGUCUAUAUUUUACAAAUUGUGCACUGUUACUGUUGUAAUUGUAUAUAAUUGAUUCUGAGCAGUGUUAUUUUUAACAUGGAAGAAUAAUUGUUUAGGGAUCCGUGACAGCACCCUCAUCCCCAUCCUCACCUAGUGGUAAUACAUCUUUUUUUUCUGUAUCAAACAAAUUAAAAUGAAUAAAAUUGUUAGCAAGUAUGUGCAGCAAUUUCUAAGCAAGUGGAUUCUGGAGAUUCUCCAAAUAUAUUUUUAUGUUGGGGAGUUAUCCUGGAUGAACUUAAAUAUAUUUUGAAAAGCAAAUAUUGUCUUGUUUUUGUAUACAUUGUAUUUUCAUUAAAGAUUCCUACACCACCACUGA